CAUUACCCACGUUACGUCAUUGUUAAGAUUUGGAUGUUCCCAUUUUCACCGCAUUCGCAAACACGUGCCCGUUGUUCGUUUUAAACAAAUUCAAAGUGUAAUUUUCUAAAGCGCAAUCAACAAUGAAUGCAGAAAAAUUAAAGAAACUUCAAGCUCAAGCAGCCCAAGUUCGAAUUGGCGGCAAAGGCACACCAAGGAGAAAGAAGAAGGUUGUUCAUCAAACCCCCGGAACAGAUGACAAAAAACUUCAAUCCGUGCUGAAGAAAAUCGCCGUCAAUCCGAUCCCAGGAAUUGAGGAGGUUAACAUGAUCAAAAAUGAUGGAUCGGUCAUACACUUCAACAAUCCAAAGGCACAAGCAUCUCUAGCGGCUAAUACUUUCGCCAUCACAGGUCAUGGUGAAACGAAACAGAUAUCGGAGAUGUUGCCGAAUAUUUUGACUCAGCUUGGACCGGAAGGCUUGACGCACUUAAAACGUUUAGCCAGUGAUGUUGUCGCAAGCAGCAAACUGUCGGCCGAUGAUGAUGUUCCUGAUCUAGUUGAAAAUUUCGAAGAGGCCGCGAACAAGGAUAUUGAAAAUAUUACUAAGAAAACCGAAGAGGUGGCGGUCGACUAAAUGAAUCACACAAAAUCUGGAUUUUUUAACAGCCAUCAUCGCCAGCGGAUUUGCAUGACUGCAUUUUGAAUAAUUUUUUUUUGAUCAAUUUUUACUGUUAGUUGAUAUAACACUGCUAUCUGUUUGCAAAUGAGAACAAGCCUACAAUUAUUGAGGAAAUACAAAACUAAAAUCAAAAUUUCA